AUGGAAGUUAAGGAAGUGGCAGAGAGGACUUCUUCCGGUGAGUACCAGAAAAGGAAUCCUUUGGAGAAACUAGUGAGGUUUCGGAAUCAACCAUCCAGGCUUCGCACGGUACGUUCUCUCACCGACAGUCUGAUGAAACCUGUAACCGACGAGGAAAUUGAAGAAUACAAGGAAAAAUUAGAAGCCGGCGGUGAUCCUAAUGGCGACUCAAUAAGGUGGGGUGACUGGAGGCCGAUAUUUUGGGCAGCGACCUCAGGUAACUUUAAACUACUGUCCGCGUUGCUCGCCGACUCUAGAACUAAAGUUAACGUAACUGACAGCAAAGGAAACACAGCUUUGUACCACGCUGUCACGUCCGCUUGUCGAAAGGACGACAGAGAUCGCAGAUUCUACCAGUGCAUUGAUAUUUUGAUGAGGAAUACUCUUACGGAGCUAAACAUCCCAAACAGGAAAGGAUAUACUGCAAUCGGACGUGCUGUAGACCUCUUUGGUAAGACAUGCGUCGAGCAGAUGUUGAAGCAUCCAUCAGCCUUUCGAUUUCAUCUUGAUUACUUCCCAGGAGACAGCGAAUCUACUGUGAGGGAGAUUAUAAUCAAGAGAUUUCCAGAAUUACAGUCAAUUCUUCCGUCACCUCAACGAGAGAGUCUGGAUUCACCUGACAAGAAUAAAAAAUUGCUCGCUGCUCUACAAUACGAGAAAUACAGCAUCUUCAGCGAGAAUCUCGAUUCAUCUAAUCCUAACCCUUGGUACGAUGAACCUUAUCAUUCUAGUCUCUUAGAAAUCGCUUGCCAGAUGAAGAAACGUGAACAGUUUGUCAUAUUGCUUCUACAAAAUAACGCAGAUCCAAAUUUGAAGCAUCCUAUAACCAAUGUGCCCCUGCUAAUUGCGACUGCUCGGAGUGGAAAUCUGAACGUCCUGGAGAUAUUACUGAAACAGAAGAACAUAGAUUCAAGCCUGAGAGAUGGUGAUGACCGGACAAUCCUUCAUUGGCUGGCUCGGAUCAGUGGCUGUAAACCAGGAGACAGGGAGAGGCUGGAGAGAUGCUUAGAGAUUCUUCUGGGUCCAGAAUCCGAUCGCAAAGUGAAUAUCGACGAUCUAGAUGGGUCCGGGAACACUGCUCUACGCUUCGCUGUCGAACGGGAGUUUCGGGAUAGGGUAAUCCUGUUCCUGACUUACGGCGCUGACGUCAUGGCAUCUAAAUAUGGCAGUUCAAUCCUGUCAACAGUCAGUGCCUCAUUUCUGGAGGAAAUUUUGGACGAAUGUUUGCAAAGUAACAGCGAUUCGCUGACGAUUAACAACUGCACAUUGACGUUCAGAUACGACUUUCUUGCAAAAAUGGUGCCUUACCUGGCGGAAAGCUCACGUCUUAGAGACCUACUGCGACACCCGGUUAUAACUAGUUUCGUGAGUUUAAAAUGGAGACAAGUCAGACUGGUUUUCUUUAUAGACGUGGCCUUCUAUGUUACAUUUGUGCUUUUCUUGAGCGCGUACAUCUUGUUUUCCGAAUCAUACGACACAUUAAUCGACGAAGGUGUUGCCAACACAACCAGUUAUGCUCCCAUUUUAAACUUCUCAUCUGAUUUAACAUAUAGAAGAAUUCUGAGAUACGCGAUGGGUGAUAACAAUCCUCAGUACUUGUGGUAUCCUAUUAUGAUCUUGUUGGGUUUGCUGACUGCGAGAGAGGUGUUCCAGCUCAUUAUAUAUGGUAGUGUGUACAUAUUGUCAAUGGAAAACUGGCUGGAACUACUACUGGUCACUUCCACGCUGAUAUCGUGUUCCGGUGUGGUACAGAACGUGGAGGUCAACCUACACUUCUCUGCCGUCGCCAUCCUGUUGGCAUGGUUGGAGCUGGUACUUCUGUCAGGGCAACUCCCACUGUUGUCAAUCCAACUGGAGAUGCUCAAAACAGUCAGUCGGACGUUUUUGAGGUUUAUGAUGAGCUACGUUCUCCUGCUGAUAGCAUUCGCCCUCAGCUUUUACGUUCUCUUCAAAGGAAACUCAGGAUCGGAUGACGGAGACAUGUUCUCUAAUCCACUUCUCGCGAUAUUGAAAACAGUUGUCAUGUUCACAGGUGAACUCGAAGCUUCAAAUCUGAGUUUUCAAAUCUUGCCGUUUACUAGUCACGUGAUAUUUUUGCUGUUCGUUUUCCUAGUGGCGACUGUCUUACUGAAUCUACUAAACGGUCUGGCUGUAAACGACACGGAAGUUAUCAGAAAGGACGCGGAAACACUGAGUAUUGUAGCUAGAGUCAGAUUGAUUUCCAAAAUCGAAGAAUUACUUCAUAAACUCCCGGAAUUCUUGGCACCUGAGAAAGUGACGGACAAGGCGUUAGUGAUACAUCCAGACAGGCCAAAGCCAUUAGACACCGCUGUUGUUCAUUCUGCGUUACUUAUCAUCAGCAAGAAACGAAAAUCUCGCGAUGCUCAGAAUGUGUGGAGCGACAUGGCGGACGAAUUGUCAGCAUUGCGUUCUCGCCAAGGAAAUCUGGAGAAGAAAUUCGAGGCAAAAUUUGAUGAAACUACGCAAAUUCUUAUGAAAAUACUGAAUCAUCUAGAACGUAAAUAA